GGGGAGGAGCCUCGAGGGGGGGGCGGUCCCGAAGGGGUGGGCACAGGGGGCGGCCGCGCCCCCCCAUCGGGCUGUGCUUCUGCCCCUACAAGGUUUGGGCCGCGGUGGGGGAGGGUCCCGGCCCCCGGCUCCGCCCGGUCCCUCCCAGCCUUUUAGGCGCCCGCGCGGCUGGGACAUCCCAGUCCCGCUUGGUCCUCCUCGCCCGCCACCCGUGCGCCCAGUCCGCGCAGCCAGCCCGGUUCGUCCAGUCCGCACUGCCCACCGGCCGGCCCGCCCCCCACCGCAGCCAUGGACGCGAUCAAGAAGAAGAUGCAGAUGCUAAAGCUGGACAAGGAGAAUGCCAUCGACCGUGCCGAGCAGGCCGAGGCCGACAAGAAGCAGGCUGAGGACCGCUGCAAGCAGCUGGAGGAGGAGCAGCAGGCCCUUCAGAAGAAGCUGAAGGGGACAGAGGAUGAGGUGGAAAAGUAUUCUGAGUCAGUGAAAGACGCCCAGGAGAAACUGGAGCAGGCUGAGAAGAAGGCCACUGACGCCGAGGCGGACGUGGCCUCCCUGAACCGUCGCAUUCAGCUGGUAGAGGAGGAGUUGGACCGGGCGCAGGAGCGCCUGGCUACAGCCCUGCAAAAGCUGGAGGAGGCUGAGAAGGCCGCUGACGAGAGUGAGAGAGGAAUGAAGGUCAUCGAAAACCGAGCCAUGAAGGAUGAGGAGAAGAUGGAGCUGCAGGAGAUGCAGCUGAAGGAGGCCAAGCACAUUGCUGAGGAUUCAGACCGCAAAUAUGAGGAGGUGGCCAGGAAGCUGGUGAUCCUGGAAGGAGAGCUGGAGCGCUCAGAAGAGAGAGCAGAGGUGGCUGAGAGCCGAGCCAGGCAGCUGGAGGAAGAACUCCGAACCAUGGACCAGGCCCUCAAGUCCCUGAUGGCCUCAGAGGAGGAGUAUUCCACCAAAGAAGAUAAAUAUGAAGAGGAGAUCAAACUGCUGGAGGAGAAGCUGAAAGAGGCUGAGACCCGAGCAGAGUUUGCUGAGAGGUCUGUGGCAAAGUUGGAGAAGACCAUUGAUGACCUGGAAGACGAAGUCUAUGCACAGAAGAUGAAGUACAAGGCCAUCAGUGAGGAACUGGACAACGCACUCAACGACAUCACCUCCCUCUGAGACCCACACCAGUGUGGCCCCCUCAGCCGCUUCUCUCUCCUCUUUCCAUUCUCUGUCCAUGGGGAGGGGCCAGGCAGGAGGAGCAAAACGGUCAGCAUCACACAGCCAGGCUGGGCGCGGCCUUGGAGAGCCCCGGCGCACCUGCCACCCACCUUGGCACCUGCUUCAUUCUUCUCUCCACCCACUCCACCCUCCAGCCUCUACCUCUUUCUGCUGCUUAAUAAACUCAACUUGGUCUCCGUGCUGUUUUCCUGCCCUCCAGAGAGCACUUCCAUCACCCCCACGAGAUCCUGGCUCUUACAGACACCCCCAAUCUUGUGACCCCCCCGCGCAGUGAGCUCACCCACAGAGCACUGUGGCCCACGCAGAACCCCCCUCCACACAGCACUCUCAGUCUGUCAGUGUCUCACUGCUUCACGUGGGCACCUAUCACCCCAUCGGUCACCGCGAGCCCUCUGCCGCCACCGCGAGCCCUCUGCCGCGCUCUUGUGUGGACCCAGGCCUGUCACUGACCUCAGAGCACUCCGCUGUGGUUCCAGGAUAAAGGAAAGAUUGGAGGGGAGACGGGUGGGGAGGUGCCAAGGAAGGGCAAGAAGGUGGUGAAAGGUCUAGGGUGACAUCUGGGAAAACGCUGGAUGCCAACAACAUGGGGUUCUCCCUGCAGGUCUGUUUUCUGCCUCUGGUCUGUCUGUCUGGCCCUCCCCUUUCUGGCUCAGUCUUUGUCUUUCCUUCCGUUUCCAACUCUCGUAAACCCUGUAAGGAAGGAAGUAAAGUAGUUUCUGACUCAGGCCCUCCCAUCCCACCCCCAUGACCCCGAAGCCUCAAGUGAGGCGUCCGUGUCUGUCUUGGUCAGUCCGUCCAUUUGCCCCGGCACAGGAUCCUCAGAUUCCUUCAUGCUUAUGUCUUCCUGUGCCUCCAUCCCAUUCCAAGUUUGCCUCAGCCCCCGUCCCCCCUCGUGUCUCCCUGCCCCUCCUCACGUGCU